CUCAGACUUCCUUCAUUUCCUCCAACAACUCCAUCUGACUCUUCCAUCUUUACUUCAUCUUCUCAAAGAAGCAGACUCACCUCCAUCCAACAAUGGUUGACUGUGGUCCAUCCUGUGCUGUCCCAUCCUGGGCUUCCACCCCCACUGUUGGGUUUGGCUCAGCAGGAGGUCUUGGCUAUGGUGGUCUCGGCUACGGUUUUGGAGGACUCGGCUCUGGAUUUGGAGGAUUUGGACAAGGAUAUGGUGGUCUUGGCUAUGGAUAUGGAGGUGCUGAAAGAGCAGCCAACCUUGGAGUCCUGUCAGGAGUAGCCCCAUCAUGUAUCAACCAGAUCCCACCAGCAGAGGUUGUGAUCCAGCCACCUGCCUCUGUCCUGACCAUCCCAGGGCCCAUCCUCUCUGCCAGCUGUGAGCCUGUGGCUGUUGGAGGCAACACUCCAUGUGCUGUUGGUGGCUCUGGGAUUGUAGGAGGCUUGGGCUAUGGGUCUGGCCUCCUUGGAAGCUCUGGGGGCUUGGGCUUUGGUUUGGGCUACGGGAAGGGAGCACUCCUUGGAAGGAGAUUUGGGCGUCGUGGUAGCAUCUGUUUGUAGGCCAAUUAAACCCAAGAAGCAUAUCCUGAACUGAUAUCCAGGGAGCUUGAUACAGAUCAUU